GAGGGCCAUGGUACGUGGCCAGCUUGUGCGGACUGCGAUGGAGGUGCGGGACGGGCACCGCCACGGUCGCCUCAAAGACCCUGUGGAGGCGGAGUGCGAGCGGAGUUGCGGUGGGGACGGAGAGGAGGGCGAGCAUGCGCGAGCCGUGCUGCUGGAGGAGUGGGGCUUCUCCUUGGAGGAGCUCUACAGCCUGGCGCUGCGCUUCUUCAGAGAGAAAGAGGGCAAAGCCUUCCAUCCGUUGUAUGAGGAGAAACUGCGGCUGGUCGCCCUACACAAGCAGGUCUUGUUGGGACCGUACCACCCGGACUCCUGUCCUGAAGUAGGAUUCUUCGACGUCCUGGGAAACGACAGAAGGAAGGAAUGGGUGUCCUUGGGAAACAUGUCAAAGGAAGAUGCCAUGACAGAGUUUGUGAAGCUGCUCAACAAGUGCUGUAGCCUAUUUGCACCUUUCGUCACAUCACACAAAAUUGAGAAGGAGGAGCAGGAAAGGAAGAGGUGUGAAGAGGAGCAGCGGAGACGGCUAGAGGAAGAGGAGCAGGAACGGCGGCAGCAGGAGGAAGAGCGGCAGCGCAGGGAAGAGGAGCAGCGGUUGCAGAGGGAGGAGGAGGAGAGGAGGCAGGCUGAGGAAGAGAGGGAACGCCUGGAACAGCAGAAGCAGCAGAUCAUGGUGGCACUCAACGCCCAGACGGCGGUGCAGUUCCAGCAGUAUGCUGCCCAGCAGUACCCGGGGAACCCAGAGCAGCAGCAGGUGCUCAUUCGCCAGCUGCAGGAGCAGCACUACCAGCAAUACAUGCAGCAGCUCUACCAGGUGCAGCUGGCCCAGCAGCAGGCAGCCUUAAACAAACAGCAGGAGGUCACUGCAGUUGCAGUGUCUGCGGAGGCCAGACGGAGUGCGGUGCCCCCGGGUGCCGGCAAUGGCCUCACAGCCAAUGGCGCACCCGCCGAGAGCCUGGACAAGGAAGUGGAGCUGGACUCUGUCGGUGAGCUGAUGGAAAACAGCCCAAGAGGACCAGCCACUACCCCAUUGAUCACAGCUCCCUCCAUGUGGACGCGGCCACAGAUCAAGGACUUCAAGGAGAAGAUCCGACAGGACCCAGACUCUGUGAUCACGGUGGGCCGGGGCGAGGUGGUGACGGUUCGUGUGCCCACCCACCAGGAAGGCUCCUACCUCUUCUGGGAGUUCGCCACAGACCACUACGACGUUGGCUUCGGUGUCUAUUUCGAGUGGUCGGACUCACCUAGCACAGCUGUGAGCAUCCAUGUCAGCGAUUCCAGCGAUGAAGAUGAGGAAUCAGGCGAAGGCCAGAGCGAGGAAGAGAAGGCCCAGAAGCUGGCCAGCAAGCCCCAGGUAGACGAGGUUGUCCCAGUGUACCGGCGGGACUGCCACGAGGAGGUGUAUGCCGGCAGCCACCAGUACCCUGGCCGGGGUAUCUACCUGCUCAAGUUCGACAACUCCUACUCCCUGUGGAGGUCCAAAAGCAUCUACUAUAGAGUCUACUACACUAGAUAAGAGGAGGAGGAGAGUGUAGACAAGAGGUGGGACUGCAAGGAGGGAGGACUCCAUCCACUUUCUCCUUCCUUCCUUCCUUCCACAAGGAAAUUCUCCUAAGGACGCAGGUGGUGCCAGUUCCCCGUUUAUUUGGAGGAGUGGGGGCUGCAGAGCAGUUACUCGUAUACGUAGUGGUAAGGUCACUUGUUCAGUUUGUUUUGGAGGGGAAAAAAUACAAAUUCCAUAUCCGCAGCCUUUUUAAUUUAAAUACUGGGUGUCCUUUUUAUUUAACUGAUGUGUCCGUCCAAGUGUGUACAGCAAAACACUGCCUUACCUUUUUGCUAUGAAGUCACGCCAUAAUCACUUUUCGCUAAGCUUUAGUUUUUACUGUGGACUCAGAUGGAGUGCCCUUUGUCAGCGAGGGUCACGCUCGGGGCAAGUACUGUUGUAUCAUGGUCUCGACACAUGUUCCUCAGUGGUUGUCAUGCAGUCAGAUGGGUUUACCUGCCUUUCAAAGAAAGGAGUGAUAGGGAGUGUAGAGCAUGAAGAAGGGUGUGGGAUUUCACAUUAUAGUGAUGAAUGUUCCCAUAACUGGCUCAUACAUGCAGGAACGCCGAGCAGCCAGUUAGAGGGUAGCAAGGCAGGGGCAGCAGUGCAAGCUGGGAAAUCUGUACAUAUGAGGAGGUGCUACCAGAAGCUGGAAGGGAGGCCACGUUCCUGAUCCGAACAGAACACCUUUCAUUUUUUCCCGUGGAAAAUUCAAAGAGCAGAACUAAAGUUCACUUUGUCGAAAUCUACCUAAUGAUGUUUUUUCAUUUGUUUUCUUGGUCUGCCUUGAGUUGUAAAAAUCCUGUAACCUAGUAGCAGCAACAUGGAAGGUGUAAUAAGAAAUGGAAGAAUUUCUUUUAUUCAUUGUCAUUUGAAAAAUCAAGAUGUGACUUAUUGUUUUAAUAAUACACUCGAUACGGAAUGAUGAAAUGGGUGGUUGGUUUUCAACACUAAAUACUUUAGCGCAUUUAUUGUACAAAAUGAGAUGUGAGCACAGAAGACAGGUUGAUGACCACAGAACUACACAAUUCAAGUACAGUGGAACCUCUGAAUUCGAACCAUUCGGAACUCGAACAAGUUGUUCAAGAAAAAAAAGUCUCAGAACGCGAAUGAAAUUUCGGAACUCGAAUCGAUGAACCUUUCAGGCUAAAACCUGUCGGACACGUGACGCGUCUUUUUUCCUGUAAAACAAAGGGUGCUUAUGACUUAGUAUGAGUCGGUCUUGCCUGAAAACUCGCGGAGUGAACAUCUUGUUGAAUUUGUGAAUUUCCAUGUGUUUUCGUGUUUUUUUUUUAUUAUUAUUUUUUUUUUAAUAUCUUAUAUUAAAUAAGCCAUAUUGGGUCCUAAGAAGGUUACUAGUGAAAGCAAUCAGCCAAAAAUGAAAAUAGUGAGAGCCACGAUAGAGGUUAAAAAGGAAAUAAUUGAAAAACACAAUAGAGGUGUUCAUGUGGUUGAUCUGGCUGCAAAGUAUGGAAUGCCUAAAUCUACGAUUUGCACUAUGCUGAAAAACAAAGAGACCAUCAAAGCAGCUGAUGUUGCUAAAGGAGUAAAAUCUAUUACAAAGCAAAGACCACAGGUAACUGAUAAGGUUGAAAAACUCCUGUUAAUUUGGAUAAACGAAAAAGUUAGCCGGUGAUAGUAUAUCAGAGGCAAUAAUUGUAUUUCAGUUUAUUUCAUGUAUUUAUGGGUUUUACACUUUUUAUGGUUUUA